CCCUCCCCUCCUUUUCUCUCUCUGCAACUCUGUUAUAUGAAUAAACCUUACCUCUCUGUCUUUCUGUCUAGAGGCUAGCGACCUAGCUACUGGAAAAUUAACUUGGAUGGAUAUCUGCGUCUUGUCCUGGCACCCUCCCAUCUUUUCCUUUUUGUUGAAACAAAUUCAUCUCUCUCUCUCUCUCUCUCUCUCUCUGGAUCUCCAUACCCCUAUCUGCCUUUCUCUCCCCAGCUUUCUGUUUUAGUAUAGCUCGGUCUUUAAUUCCCUUUUAAAUCCACCAACACCCAAUUAAAGAGAAACGAAGAAAGAAAUCUCUCUCUCAUUUACAACCCCCCCGCUCCCUCUCUCUCUGCCUUCAGCCUUUAUAUCUUUCAUUCUACCUCCCACGCCCAAACGAGCAAGAAAGAAGGAAAACCCCCAUCUUUCUGUGUCUUAGCAGAAGUCAAUCCCCCCAGCUUUUUACUCAGACUUCUUUGUUUUGGAUCCUAACAAAUGGAUGAUUUCUGGAGAGGCCAUGUGCCGGCGUUCGGCAGCUGGGAUUGCAACGACGACCUCCCUUUCACUCAGUGCUUUGAAUCAGCGAGGCAAGCCGGCUUGCUCCGUUACAGCUACUCCGAAGACCGCGACUUGUAUGUCGCCGGCGACCUGUACCAGAAUGAUGUGGUGACUCCGGCCAUGAUCUUUGUACCUCGCCGAAGGGCAAAAGCAGCACGUCAGCCGCAAGUAGCGAAAGAAGCUAAAAAGGAAGCUAAUUGGGUGGUGUGUAAUUCGAAGGACACACCAAGCCCGGUUGCAUCACCGCCACCUCCACCUCCGCAGCCAAGAAAAGCUCCCAAAGCUGUUGACGAAGAUCUUUACAAGAUCUCGCCUGAACUUCUCUACGCCAAGUCCAAAAGGAAGAGGGGAGGAUGGGGCUUCUUUCCAAGCUGCUUAAUCCCGAGCUGUGCUAAUUCCUGAUUGAUGAUUAAUUAAUUAAUCUGCGGGUGCGGGGUGCAGACUGAAGACCAUAUUAAUUGCAGCUGGAUUAUCUGGCCAAAGCCGUGCUUCAUUUAUUAGUCUGCUGAACACAACAUAGAAGACUAGGGAAAUGGAAAAAGAUGUCUAAUUAUGUUGCUAGGCACAUAUACAUAUGUAUAUGGGGGUGUUUAAUUAGAUGCGCUUUAUUAUAAUCUAUUUUGUUCCAUGAAGAGAAGGCCAAAGGGAUUGUUCGCUGCAGGAGAAGAUGAUAUAUAUAUAUGUGUGUGUGUUUGUG